AUAUUACUGAGACACCUUCAAAUCUAAUAACAGGACUGAACACAUGGACAGCAAGUUGUCUUUAAUAUGCACACCGUAAUUCUGGGCUCCUGGAGAGAGUUUUGGACAAGGCCUUGAGAAAAGACAGGCUUCCAGUGGUGGACAUUGAGGUACCUACAUACGAGCUGCCAUUACCAGAGGGUGUGGGUGAGGAAAAACUUCACCAAGACAACCUGAGCGCCCGUCAGAUUGAGGAAACGUGGAGAGAACCACUACUCGAGAGUCAGCCCCCUAAUCAGUCACAUCUUAAUUAUAAAGACAGUCGUGUUCAUUUGACCUAAGUUAUGGAGAGUGACCUUCACAGUGACCUCUGGGAGUGGAUAGCGGACCAUCUAGCAGCCGAUUGGACGACUGUCACUCAACUCAGGAUGGAGGAGAGUAAGAGAGAUCCAUCAGAGGAACCAUUUCGCUCCCUCUACACCGCCAGGGAGUUGCUGUCAGGUAUGAGGGCUAAACUGGAUGCCUGUCCUCUCAAAGAGCUCGAGGAUUUCAUUAUUUUCUCGUGUUUUGUUGGACUGGAAAUGGUCCUACCCCCCACAUAGCAUCACAUGUUGAGCAGUCACGAGGUGGACACGUACGGUAGUAACGAGCACCACUUCAGUCUGGCCCACAAGACUUCCCUCCAUGGCCGCCUGCCCAUCAUACAGUUCCUAGUGGAGAGUGGACUGCCCUCCUCCGCACUGCAGAUACCAGAUGACUCAUUCACCACACCCGCCAUGCUCGCUAUACAGCUGCUCAUGGACUUUGGCUACAGCAUGGUCCACACGGACAGGGAGAACCAGAAGCCGGUGGAUUGGGCCGAUGCUAUGGGUCAGAAUAUCUGUGUCCUCUAUCUCAUGAUGUACGAGACUUGUUGGGCACUCUCUGGAGAACUGACACACAUGGCCGAGCAGCUCGCUAUUGUACAGAAGGAGAAUGGACAGUUACGAGAUGCAUUCUCCAGUCUAGAGAAAGAGCAUGAAUCUGCCAUUACUAAACUGCUGACUAGUCACGAGGAGAGACUGACUAAGAUGAGGGAACAUCACGUCGACCUCAUGGCAUCAAUACUGCACAUGAACCAGGACACUCCGCCCACUGGAGGGGGAGGGGCUACUGCACCAUCAGCCAAUAAGAACAGGGGUCAAGUACCUGUGAAGAAGGCGCCCCCUGAACCACCCACUACCCCUCAACGAUCCUCCAAUCGUCCCCCUGUACCCCCGGAUCCUGCCGCUAAGAAGAGGUCGCGAGGGUCAAAGGACAGAGGUCAUGAGGCGGCAGAUAAAGGGGAGGACCAUAAUACCAUUGACUAUCGAACAGCCACCCCCCAAGAAGUGUUAGAGAAGCAGAUAACGUCAGUAGCUCAGCGUAUGAAUGCUAAUGGAGAGGCUCGUAAACGUGGUGGUGGUAUGACCCGAACCUUCUCCCCCCUCACUCCUAUCAUACAGCGCCUCUACAGCAAGUCAGAUGUGGCUGAUAGCAAGAGUGAGAGGUCCUCCAGGAGCCAGAGACACACAGAAGACGCUAGGAGAUCGGCUCCGAAAGUCAAGUUCUCUAAAACUAUUACCGAGUUUCCAGACUACAGUCACUAUGACAACCCGACAGAGAUGAAAUCAGUAUCAAGCCCAGGUCAAAGUCCGUCCCAUAGUCACCAUGGCAAGUUGGUUGGGGACUCGCUGAGGGUCAAAGAUAGUAGAGGAAGGGAUUGGAAACGGGAUCACGUGAGCUUAUACUUGCAACGUGAGGCCUCUGGGACCGUGCGCGUUGCAACCAAUAGAAACCUUGAGGUGUGAUUUUACUGGUUUUGAGGUCAAGAGAAGCUUUUGAAAAGAAACAAAUGAGAGGAUACAAGUGUCCAUGUGUGGCAAGAACUUGGACUGAGAAAUCACUGGAAGAACAUUGAUAGAUAAUUCAUUAUGUUUAGACCAUGCUUAUCCGAAUAGCCGCGGUUAUGAUUUCAUACGUAGUACCGCCCACCGCAGAACCAAAAUCUAAUUAAUUUUAAAUUACUUUCAUUAUCAGCUCCUAGCAAAGAAAGAUGCGUAGCUAAGAAGCAGUAGCAGUUUUCUGCAGGCAACUUUGUUGCAAACUAAUCUAGAAUAGUUAUUCUGCCAGGAUCUCUGAGUUUUGAACGGAGCAGGUAACCAGCCAAGGCCCCAGCGAAGGAUCAUUUCACAACAAAGAAAGAUGCAUAACUUGGAAACAGUGACAGUUUUCUUUAUUCAACUUCGUAGCAAAGUAGUCUACAGUAGUUACUGUGUCAGGAUCUCCUGGUUUCUAAUGGAAAAGUCGACUAGCCAAGGCCAGAGCGAGGGAUCUCUUCAGAGUGUGGCAAAGAAAGGUGCACCCCUUAGUAACAGUAACAGUUCUCUUCAAGCUACCUUGUAGCUAGUUACUCUGUCAGGACCUCCAAUCUGAACAGUCAACCAGCCAAGGACAGAGCGAGAUUUUACUUUAGAGCUGUGAUGAAUACUGGAAUUUUGUCUUGAAUCGGUGAUCGGAAAGUUUGGGCCAACAGAUUGGUUGAGAUGGUGGGAGUCCAUAGUCAGGCCAGGAGUGGAACUGCUUACAGUCUGUGAAACUAUCGUCACUGCUAUCUGCCAUGGAACCACCACCAUCUUAUGGGUCUGAGAAGGUCUACUCACUGUGACUACUAUCCAGGAUACCUAGGAGUACCUCAUCCCCUGUGUGCAGAGGCCUCUUAGUCAUUGUUGUACUAUAGAAUUAAUGUAUUUAUUAUAAUGUAUGUUCACUUUUGAGAUUGAUAUUGAAAUACAAAUUUCACAUGAAAAUUUCAGCAAAUUUUUGAUUGCUAACCUAUGG